AUGAUUCGAUACUUAUUGAAGGGCGUAGUCGUCGUAGGUGUUCUGACCACUAGGAUACGUGGGGAUGAUCUUAAUAUUGUCCACGUACCUUCAGGUGUCACGACGGUGAUGCUUAAUGAUCGUGUCGAGCUUAAAGUUGACACGUGGGUGACUAUUAAUGCCCCAUCGAUGUUUGUGACACUCAAGUUGACAGACAGCAAUGGUACUGCAAUGGAUUCGCUAAUUUUUCCGCACUCACUUAUCUUUGCGCACGCAAUUAAUGCCACGCGACCAACAAGAGUCAAGCAGAAAUUCUUUUUGUUUGGCAAAGUUCCAGGAAGAUUCUACCUUGAUUACGGUAUGAGAGGCAUGGAUGUUGACAAAUACUAUCGACUGGAAGCUGAACGAUCGGUUGUAUCGAUUGCUGCUGGGAGAGAUGUCGGGUGGCAGGGCAUAUGGUAUCAAUUGCUGUUCAACAGUCUACUUUUUUGUGGUGGAAUGACCUUUUUCGCGUAUCGUCGACUGUCUGUGUCAGGAGGCGGCCAGGAAAUGCUUUUUGAGCGCAGCAAUUAUGACGAGAUCUCACUCGACGUUUAUACGACAAAGUAUAGCGAACUCCAAGGAUCAACAUUGAAGAAAAGAAUAACGAAAUACUGGGAUAUUCCGUGUACUGGAGAUUACGUUACUUCGAUGUGUGGCAUUCCAGCAGCACUUCUCAUGGGGCUUUUCCGAGACUGUGGGCAUUUAUUUGUACUUCUUAGCUUUUUUAGCCUCGUAGUGAUGCUACCAGUGAAUUAUUUUCCAGGGAGUGCUCGGGGGCAGAAGGGAGGAGAUACAUACCAAGCAACGACUCUUAGCAAUGUACCGCUCCAUAGUAAUUGGUACUGGAUCCACGUGGUCUACUGCUAUUUCGUAGCUUUUGCUGUACUUCGGCUUUUGCGCAGACAACACGAAGUGGUAUCAAUGCUUCAAAGUAAAGCAAAACACAUCGUAGGAUCUCGAAGCAUAUUCAUUCAGCAUGGACUUCCGCUUGACACAACAGAACAUUCAUUACUUGAUGUGCUUCAUACUGCUAUGCCUAGUGAGGGUUCUGUGCAUGAAGUUACAAUUUUGCAAGAUCUUAGCGCUGUGUACGAGCUGCUUGAUCGAAGAAAAAACCUAUCUGAGAAACUCAGCAGAAUUUUAGCAUUUGAAGAAGCCUAUGAGAACGGCACUUUAUCAUAUAAUCUGUUGUGCUGUCCUGGUUCUGUAGUGGCCCCUGAGCCACUCCAGGUAGCUUGGUGGCACUUACGCUGCAAGCCAGGUCGUUAUAUUGUCCGCCAUAGAAACAUGGCUGAAUGCUGCUGCUACUGUUGCACAUGUUGCUGUCCGAGACAUAGCGUAAGGGUUGGCAGAACCGACAGCCAUAGCAGAACGUUGUACCAAAGUCUUGUCGAUGAUAAUCGUGACGAAGCGUUCGAUCGGAGUACAGCGCGGCAAAUUUUAUUGUUGCAAGAAGAACUUGAGUUUGCCCCAGUAGACGUACUGGAAAAAUUUAGGAAGCGGAAAUGCAUGGGGGCUGCAUUUCUAAUAUUUGACUCCACGGCUACUCGUAACGCUUUUGUUCGAAACGUACGUGCUCAGACUUGCCUCGGUCGCUUGACAAAUUUUGCAGAGUCUUUGUUUUCUAAAAGUGUUCAACACGAAUCACUGGCUUCAUUGGGAAGACAAGAACGUUCCUUGCCACAAACGCUCGAUCCUGUUCUUCAAGAUGUCGUACUCAUGAGUGCACCAGAGCCCGAUGACGUGAUUUGGCGUAAUCUUGCAUAUCGACCGUCUACGUUUCGAAGAAUUACUUACUUUUGGCUUCGACAGCUUGCGACGCUGGUCUUGCUACUUUUGUUCUCUACACCGACAGCUGUGCUUAUAUUUAUCAAGCUCGAUUCAGGCAGCGAUGUGUACCGAGGCUUAAAUCGACAAAACACGUUUCUGCUUACAAUAGUGGCUUCGUAUAUGCCGUCGCUGCUUUUGAUUGUCGUCAAUUGGUGUCUACUAGCAUUUCUAGAUCAAAUCUCAAUGUCAGAGACUUCAUUCAGCUAUUCUCAGCAAGUCAAAAGCUUUCUUGUAAAAGGUUUUACAUACUUGAUUGUGAGCUCAGUCAUACUGCCCAGUAUUGGUGUGACAGCACUUUAUUUGGCAUUAACGGACAUCGAGAAGACUGGCGGCCGCUCGUAUAUUGAGUCCUUCUUGUACAAAGUAUCAGGCACGUUCUUCAUCUCGUACGUUUGUCAGUGUACCUUCAUCGGGGGAAUAGUCGACAUCACUCGAUGUUCCGAUACAAUGGCAUUGCAACCUUGGCUUCGCGCACGCUCGGUCACGUCCCAGGAGAUCCAAAAGGCGCAACGGCCGAGUACUUUUUCCUACGGCCAUGAGUACGCGCUGGUACUGAGCGUUUUUCUUGUGAUCCUGUUGGGCACGGUCAUCUCUCCAAUCAUCACACCGUUCGGAGCACUUUACUUCUACGUCAAGCUUGCCACGACAAAGUACAACACGUUGUAUGUGCAUCCGUAUAGUCCUGGCCGAGGUCAUAUUGCCGAGACGGCAUUAGAGCUUACGUUUGUGUGCUUGAUAUUGUUUGAGAUCGUCAUGGCUUUUGUCUUUUUGCAAGUUGCUGGUCGCAAACAGUUUGUAGCGAUGCUUGUACUGCUGUUAGCCACAUUUUCCGUCCACCUCUUUCGGCUCUCUGGUGCAGAUGCAUAUCAAUUUGUUCAGCGAGGUUUUGCUGAUUUGCGAAGCGAACCUCAGUCUUCCGGUGGCAAAGCAGGCACUGUGUUUGAACAUUCUAAGUCGAAGCGCUUCAUCUUAAGCCCCCAGCCUACGAAUCUACAUCAUGAUCAGGCCCACAUUGCAUCGUAUGCCGAUCCGUUUAAAGCAGCGCUUUUGAUAUUUAAACUGCUCGGUGCUGACAACUUUCAUCAGAUGACUUCCUCCAGUACACAGCUUCGAUUUGCCUUCGAUAAGUUACGUCGCUGGUCGAAAAGUCCGCUUUCCCUUUCCGAGAUAAGUGACUAG